UUUAACAUUUUUCUGGAGGCCUCAUGCGGCUCGGGAGUCAGUCAGUGGAGGAGAGGAGCUCCGGGCGCAGGGUGCUGAAGUUUCCCCGAGACGGACUCCACCUUCCCCGGCGUCAUGAGCCUCUACCACGGCCGCCUGCCGCACCUUGGAGUGCCAUCCUCGGCUCUCAGCCUCUCCGCCGCCCCGCUCAUUUACUUGUACGGAGGGGACGGCGGGGGGGUCGUGCCCGCUUUGAGCUUCGUCCCGGCCCGCCAGGAGCCUCCGCAGAAGCCGCCGUACAGCUACAUCGCGCUCAUCGCUAUGGCCAUCAAGAGCGCACCGGACAAGCGCGCAACGCUCAGCGGCAUCUACCAGUUCAUCAUGGACCGGUUCCCGUUUUACCACGACAACAAGCAGGGCUGGCAGAACUCCAUCCGACACAACCUCUCCCUGAACGACUGCUUCAUCAAGGUGCCGAGAGAGAAGGGCCGGCCGGGCAAAGGCAGCUACUGGACGCUGGACACCAAGUGCCUGGAUAUGUUUGAGAACGGCAACUACCGCCGGAGGAAGAGGAAGAUAAAGAGUCAGCACGAGGCUCUGGACUCCAAAGCUGGACACAAGCGCAGCAAGGGCCCGGGACCCUCCAGGGAGCACCCGGUCUCUAUCAGAUAUCAGACGGGCUCACAGACGAGGAUGCCGGGUGUGUCAACGAAGCUGGAUGCGGAAAAGGUGGAGGCGCAGUUGCACGAGCAAUAUUUACAAGCAGAUACAGACGCGAAGCCCGUUUUGGUCGAGUUCAACCACGCUGACCCGCAGCAGAAACUUAAGGUGAAUGAAGAGUCCCUCCCGUCCACCGGGAGGAGGUUUGGCGCGCCACACGCGGAGCCGUGCCCGGCUCCCAAACACGCACCGUGGAUGAACGGCGCACAUCGGACCGAGCCGGAGGAGCGAGGAUCAGCUGUGAUCGGAGGAGAGAAAGACGCGCUCAGCACCGGCGGCUGCACGGGAAGCAGCAACGCGUUGUUACGCGCACAGGACAGAGCGAAAGGAGCUGCGCCGACCGGCCUCGGAUGUGGAGCCUCGGGUAAAUCUAAAGGCUUUAGCAUUGACAGUAUCUUGUCGAAAAGUGAAGACCAAGUGCGCAACAGCAUCCUCGGUUUGGCUGCGGAGGCAUGCGCAGAGCGGCCGUCUGUGGUUUUGGGUGCUCGACCACACGAGCUGUACCAGAUGGGAUUCCCCUUGUGUUCCUACCUGUCAUUCACCUGUCCCGACAAAGUUCUGCAUUUCAAAUGACUGCGAUGAUCAAGUCAGAACGCACAUUUGUUUGUUUUACAUAGAAAUUAUAUGCGUCAGUCCUGUAUAACCUCACAUCAGUUACUAUGUUUUCAUCAGACAGUGGUUCUGCUGUCAGGUUCUGCUUGUCAUCAUUACCCUACUCAUAUGUUCAGUUACUGAUACAGUGCAGAAACACCUUCAUUUUUACGCAUGCGUAAUUGUUAGGACUUUGGCAUACAACAAAUGAAUAAUAUUUUAUUUCAUAAUUUUCCCCAAUCCUGAUGCUCUUAAUUAAAGGUCCAUUAACUAUCAGAUGCGCAAACUGAUGUUUGACAUCAAGCAAAAAAGCCAUUAAGAACAUAGGGGUGUUGUCAUUGUUCAUGUAAAUGAGUGUAGGAGCUUCAGAUGUGUUACUCUUUUCCUUAAUGACAGAAG